UCGAACCGGCGCUUUGAGGCGUUGCCAUGGGGAUGCGGUCUGGCCGCUGCCGCAGGCUUGCGGGUUGACGGGACGCUCAGGUCGCCGGCCUUGGGACUCUGUCCUGUCGGUGUCGACUUCUCCUGUCUUUAGACAGAACUAAACGUGGAGGAAUCUGGAAGCCCCCAAGAAACUUAUUCCCAAAAAUGGCAUCUUGGUUGUAUGAAUGUCUUUGUGAAGCUGAACUUGCACAGUAUUAUCCCCAUUUUACUGCCUUUGGCCUUCAGAAAAUAGAUGAAUUAGCCAAGGUUACAAUGAAGGACUAUUCCAAAUUGGGAGUCCAUGACAUGAAUGACCGCAAGCGUCUCUUCCAACUUAUCAAAAUCAUUAAGAUUAUGCAAGAAGAAGAGAAAGCAGUUUGUAGCCCAGAGCAUCUUCUUCAGACAAGCAGUCUGUAUAUGAAGCCUCGGGAAUCCAGAUCAGGUCCUCGCAGGCAGCUGCAUUUUGAUUCUCCUGUUGACAACCAAGACAGAACUGCCAGAAAAGAUGGGUUUGAAAUCUGCAAUUUAACAGAUAUCUCUGCAAAUGAACAGAAGUCCUGUUACCUAAAAGUACGGGAGAACAUGCUACCAGAUGAUUCCCAGUACCAGACAAAAACAAGAAUUCUCAGUGCCACAGCUGCUUCUUCCUUUGUGCAAACAGAAAUGAAUACCUCACUCUUUUCAUCAAAUUACUUUUCUCCAAUACUGGGAGAUUGUGAUAUUCCCAUUGUUCAAAGAGUCUGUCAUGUUUCAGCAUAUAACUAUGGAAUCCCUCAUUCUUGUAUCAGGCAGAAUACCUCAGAAAAAGAGAAUCCUUGGACUGAGAUAGAGAAAAUUAGAGUUUGUGUUCGAAAACGCCCUCUGGGCAUGAAAGAAUUACGUCGCGGAGAAAUUAAUAUUCUUACUGUGGAAGACAAAGAAACUCUACUUGUGCAUGAGAAGAAAGAAGCAGUUGACCUCACACAAUAUAUCCUUCAGCAUGUUUUUUAUUUUGAUGAAGUCUUUGGUGAGGCAUGCACCAAUCGGGAUGUAUACAUGAAGACUACUCACCCACUCAUUCAGCAUAUUUUCAAUGGAGGCAAUGCCACUUGCUUUGCAUAUGGACAGACAGGUGCUGGAAAGACGUACACCAUGAUAGGAACUCAUCAGAACCCAGGAUUGUAUGCCCUGGCUGCCAAAGAUAUCUUCAGACAACUAGAGGUGUCCCAGCCAAGAAGGCACCUUUUUGUGUGGAUCAGCUUCUAUGAAAUCUACUGUGGACAGCUUUAUGACCUCCUAAAUAGAAGAAAAAGGCUCUUUGCAAGAGAAGACAGCAAACACGUGGUACAGAUAGUGGGACUGCAUGAGCUUCAGGUGGAUAGUGUGGACCUCCUCUUAGAGGUGAUCUUAAGGGGCAGCAAGGAGCGCAGCACUGGGGCCACUGGAGUUAAUGCAGACUCUUCCCGCUCCCAUGCUAUCAUCCAAAUUCAGAUCAAAGAUUCAGCCAAGAGGACAUUUGGCAGGAUCUCUUUUAUUGACUUGGCUGGCAGUGAAAGAGCAGCAGAUGCCAGGGAUACAGAUAGACAGACAAAGAUGGAAGGCGCAGAAAUAAACCAGAGUCUUCUAGCUCUGAAGGAAUGUAUCCGAGCACUGGAUCAGGAACACACCCACACUCCUUUCAGGCAAAGCAAAUUAACUCAGGUCUUGAAGGACUCUUUCAUUGGCAAUGCCAAAACUUGCAUGAUUGCCAACGUCUCACCAAGCCACAUGGCCACUGAACACACUCUGAAUACCUUGCGCUAUGCUGAUCGGGUGAAAGAACUAAAGAAAGGUAUUAAAUGUUGCACUUUAGCCACCAGUCGAAAUCAGAUGUCUGGAAACUCCUCUCCAAAACGAAUUCAGAGCCCUCCCAUGGCCCUGCUAGGGGACAAGUGUUCUCCCAAGAAAGUGAAGCUGGGGCUUCAGCAGUCGCUCACCAUGGCAUCUGGCUCUGCGAGAGGGAAGGCCCAUCCUCUGGCUGGCCACUCACCCAACAUCCCUUUUGCUUCUGUACCUAAAGUCCCUGGUAAAAGGAGUGGCUCCAGAGGAAGUCCUCCCCAAAGCUGGGUCAUUCAGACUAGCCCUGUUAAACGAACCAUGAGGGCUGGACAUUUGGCCAAAAAGAAGGCUGAAGAAUCAGUGCCAUCAUGCUCUGAGAAAAAUCAAAUCAGCCACAAAACUGCCCUUGGGUGGGGAAGCAGGGCCCCUGGCCUAGGAGAAAGCCUGGUGCCUGGUAAACUGCCCACCAAGGGCAAGAAAGUGCAGACUGUGCAGCCAGUGCAGAAGCAGCCUGUGGCACGCUCUGAGCUCUCCUCUGGCGACAGCCACCACUCAGCAGAAUCCAGUCAGGACGACAAGGGGGGCAUGCUUGCCAGGCCUGCCUCAGAAGCUUGGACAAACAUCCCUCCACAUCAGAAAGAGAGAGAGGAACACUUGCGCUUUUAUCACCAGCAGUUCCAGCAGCCACCUCUCCUCCAACAAAAGUUAAGGUACCAACCACCGGAAAGGUUUUUAUGUCAGUUCGGGCCUCAAGAGGGUCAGCUCCAGAAUGAGACCCCUCCCCUGUUGCACUCCUAUUCCAAGAGCCAGGAUGGAACCCAAGCUGAAGACCUUGAUGACAGCGAUUUCAGUGAGGAUUCUUUUUCCCACGUCUCCAGUCAGAGUAGCACAAAGCAGAGAAACACCCUGGAGAAUAGUGAAGGCUCAUUCUUCCUCCAUCAGAGGGAGCCAGGUCCUGAGGAGCAGGCAUCUGACAGGCGGCAGAGUCUGCUUUUUAGUCCCAGGAGAGAUGGCGACGAGAAGGGUCUAACUGAAAGCUGGAUGUACUCCAGGGACCCCACAAGCCACAGAACAGCAGCUCUCUAUCCCAGCCAUAGCCCAAGUAAGGUGCUCUUGGACUGGAGUGGAGAGGAGGAGGACUCAGUGCUUUUUCGCAGGGACAACCUGGCCAACAAGCCUUACUGCUCACAGGUAGAUUUUGUAUAUAGCCCAGAAAGGGGUGGAGGUCCAGCCUUUAAUCUCAGACAGGAUACCUUCAGAAGUGAGGUUCCUGCGCAGGCUGAGGGCAGCUUGCCAUCACCAGAGGAAAGCAGUUUCAUUCUCUCACUGUCCCACAUUGCAGUUCCUCGAUCCCCAGACCAAAGAGACACAGUCAUUGCACCUCUGAGAGAAGUCAACAAAGAUAGCCCAACUCUAACGACGGGAACAGUGAAAAACAGUAACCCUUUCCAAGGAGAAGACUCUGGAGGAGAAUUAGGCACAUGUUCUGAAUAUGCUUCUGGACUCAUGGCUCCCCUCACUGUGUCCCUGCUGGAGAGCCCAGACGAUGAGGGCUCUCCUUCCUUGGGGCAACUGGCUCUGGAUGGGGCUGCUCACAGUCUCGUGACAGAGGGCACAGGGGGACCAUCUGUGGGCCACACAGUAUCAUCUGGUGAUCAAGAGGGAGUCCUGCCAAAGACUUUGGAAACUAGGCACCUGUGGCUCGCCUCAUCCCCCCCUGACAAUAAGCCUGGUGGUGAUCUUCCAGCUCUAUCCCCAUCACCCAUCCCUCAGCACCCACCUGACAAGCUGUCUACCAAAGAGGCUGACCUGGGAGAGGCCUGCCAUGGCAGAGAGACUGCACUCUCCUCCCAGGACCACGUGGGUAGUAAGCAGUAUGAUGCUGACGCUGAGGAGACAGAGCUGGCCAGAUCCUGGAGUUUGCCAGGAAAGCCCUUCCCCACCACACAUAUUGGGUCAUCCCACUCUGGGUCUAAACUCACCCCAAGAACAGAAAGGAAUGAUGUGGCCAACCAGCCCUGGGCCCAGGAGAGAAAACAUCUAGCAGGACUUGAUUGGCGAGAGCUAGGUUUGUCCACAGACCCCAUCAAGUUGUCCUGCUAUGACAAGGACAUCACGUGGCUCAAACACAGGCCAAUCCCAAGGUGCUUGGCAAGGCCAGGCUCUUCCCUGGUCCCCAGCUGCUCUCCCAAGACUGCAAGGACCUUCUAUGAGCCCACCCUGGGGCAAGCACAGCAGGUGGUCAUUCGAGCACACCAGGAACAGCUGGAUGAAAUGGCCGAACUGGGCUUCAAGGAGGAGACCCUGAUGAGCCAGCUGGCUUCUAAUGAUUUUGAAGAUUUUGUGACCCAGUUAGAUGAAAUCCUGGCUCUGAAAUCGAAGUGCAUCCAGAGUCUGAGGAGCCAGCUGCAGCUGUACCUGGCCUGCCACAGGCCAGCUGUGGCCCCUGAGAGGACAGUCGUGUCCUAGAGCCCAGUCUGUACAGGAGCAGCAAGCUCCCAAGCCAACAAGAAGCAGGCCCCUUCCCACAUAGAGAUGG